UACAGAGCGUUUACGUGGUGUAUUAAAUCAUGUGACACGGUUUCUAAAUUAGCAUAAAGUAGUAAACAAGAAGUUCAAUUAAGGUAAUAUAUAUGUUUGUUAUACGGUGCAUACUGCCUUUAAAUGGACGUGAUGGUGUUUAAUACAUGAUGUUUCAUACAUGAAUAAAGGUGAAAGAUAAUAGAUAAGGAAUGUAACGUUAAUUAGGUUUAGUUCUACAUUCGGUGAACAAUCGAAAAUACUGUGAAAUUUAUCACCUGCACUAUUGAAUUACAAAAAGUAGGUCAAAGAUUUUCAAGUCAACUCAUUUUGUUUACUGUAGAUAAAGUGCGAUAUUUGUACAAAAUGUGAGCCCUUAGGAUUCCAUAGCACCGGAAGUUAUACAGAUUACACGGUUGACAAGGUGACAGUUUAAAAGAAUAGGGAUAUAGGCCGGGGAUACUAAAGAUGGGAUGUUUCGACGGAUUAGCGCGUCUGCUGCUGGUCGUGUUAAAUAUAGUGUUUAUGCUCGGGGGUUUGGCCAUAUUUGUCGUUGGGUUUAUUUUGCGGUAUGGUAAAACAAUAUACGAACCAUUCUUGAAGACGGGGAUAGAUGAACUGGAGAAGGUUACCAAGGAUACAGGACUAGCUGCCCUUAGUGUGGACGACAUCAACCUAGGCGAGGUGAUGACGGGAUUGGCUACGGGUCUAAUCAUUGGCGGAGUGACACUUUUUGUUUUCUCGUUUGUAGGAUGUUGCGGUGCUUGUUGUAAAGUGGGCUUUAUGCUGUGGCUGUAUAUCAUAGCACUGGUCACGAUAUUUGUUGGAGAAAUGGUAGCCAUUGGUUUAUUAUACGGCAAACCCGACUUGGUAACGGACCAGCUGAAGGAUUCUUUGUCAGAAUAUGAAGGUAUUGCGUCAGCGCAAGUAUACUCACUGGCAUGGAACAUUAUAAUGAUCCAGUUUAAAUGUUGCGGUGUUGACAACUAUAAAGAUUUUAGUGAGUCAACCUCGUGGAACAAAACAUUACAAGUUCAAGGCCGGACUUUUACACUGGAAACACCAGUAGCUUGUUGUAAAACAUUGCCUUCAUCCAAAGAUGCCAAUCAUUUUCAAUGUGCCAUAAAAUACGAUAGUCUAACUAAUACUGGUAUGACGGGUUGUUAUAAGACGAUAUGGGAUCUGUCUAUGGCUAACACAGCAUUAAUGGUCCCGAUCCUUACUGUCUUAGCUAUUUUCCAGAUUGCCUUCAUAUUAUUUGCCAUAACAGUUGCCCGAUCCGAAGAAAAAUCGGUUUCCCCUGUAUAAAGAAUCAUACCUUAUUACCAAUUAAAAGUUGUGAUGGUGACUACAAUCUGUGAUAAUAUUAACAACAAUAACAACAACACCACCACCAACAAAAAACAACAACAACAGCAAUAUCAGAUGGUGUCGGGUACCGAAACAUGAGAGCUUGCAUUCUUUUAAACUUUCUUUAUUAAAAUGCAUGAAAAUUAUUUGAAAUGAAUACCUCUGUAAUUAUGCUAGUUUGCCAUAAUUGUCUGUCAAUGUUUGACCUCAGAAAUCAUUUUUGUUGCCCAAUAUUAUUGUUAAUGUUUUUGCCUUAUUAUUUUAUAUAGAUCUUUGUAAUAACAAGUACUAAUUGUUUAAGAACUUAAUUUACAUUAGGAAAGGGUGUCGAACAGCUCACUGUAUAUUUUGUUGCAAUAUUUUUUAGAUGACGUUAAUUCUUUGUUUAGAUAAACAAAAAGCCAAUGAUCUAUUCAUAUAUUGUUCUAAUCAAUGUUCUUUAUCUUCAUCGUCAAUGUUCUAUUUAAAGUAACGUAAACGGUGUAUCAAUGAAAUAUUGAAGUAUAAGUAAUGACAAUGCUUUAUGAAAGGAAUGUGCAUACUCUAUUUAAAUAACCACAAUGCUCUAUUGAAGAAACCACAAUGCUCUAUUGAAGAAAUCAGUAAUCACAAUGCUCUCUUUAAGUAAUCACAAUGCUGUUUUUAAAUAACCACAAUGCUCUUUUUAAAUAACCACAAUGCUCUAUUGAAGAAAUCACAAUGCUCUAUUGAAGAAAUCACAAUGCUCUAUUGAAGAAAUCACAAUGCUUUAUUUAAGUAAUCACAAAAGUAAUCACAAUGUUCUAUGUCAGUAAUUAGUAUGCUUUGGUAAACACCAUCAUUCCAUGUUUAAUUUAGAUAACGAAAAUGCUCUACAGUACUUAUUAAUAACGAAAAUGCCUUAUUUCAAUAACGAAAAUUCUCUAUUUAAAAAAAAACGAAAAUUGUCUAUUCAGAAAACAAAAAUGCUCUAUUUAGAUAACGAAUAUGCUCUAUUUAGAUAACGAAAAUACUCUUUUUAAAUGUAGAAAAUGCGCUUUUUUUAUUACAAAACUGAUUGUGUUUCUAUGAAAACCAUAUGCAUUGGCAACGACUGUGCAAUGUUUAAGUAAAUGCAAUGCAAUAAACAGAUUAUAACUUUGCAUGCACUUUAACGUGCUUUGACCUUGUUGUAGAGCGCGCGCAUUUAAAUGGCGCUGGAGAUCUGAAAUAAUUUCAAUUCCAGCAACACUAUAUUCAGGUUCUUAAUAUUUGUGUUCAUUUUUGUUCAGAACUGCAUCCAUUUGUUUAAUGUCGCAAAAUACAUGUAUGUCGCAAAAUAUGUGUGGUAACAGGGUAAAGUGUGGAACUUGUAUUGUGUGUGUUGGUAAUUGCAUACAACGGGGUCCGACACACUUGGGUGUGUUCAGACAUAGUGUAAUUAACUUACACAAGCAAUUUGAAAAAAAAAUAUUGGGACAAAUAUUUUAUAUAGAGACUAUAUAAAAUAUUUGCCCCACUAAUUUUUUUUCAAAUUGCUUGUGUAAGUUAAUUACACUAUGUCUGAAUACAUCCAAGUGUGUCAGACCCCUUUGAUUGCAUAGUGAUGUAUUGUUAAUUUCAUAUGUUUUUAAUUCCAAAAUAUUAUUGUUAAUAUGAAUUAAUUGAUAUUGGUUCAUUAUGUUGCAAUAUGUUAAAAUCAUUUUUGUUCUAAUAAGUUAAUUUUAGUGUUGUUAAAAACAUGACAUAAAAUGUUUUUUAUUUGUUUGUAUACUUCCUGAUUCUGUUUUUCUAAUUUUAAAUGUUACAACUGUACUGCAGUACGGUACAUGUACAUUGUAUAUGUUUAGAGUGCCUUCAGAUAGGCCCGCGUGAUUACUGACCUGUUAUGUGUAUUUCAUGCCGAUAUCGGUUGCAAAAUGCACGUGCCGGUAAAAACGUAUGACGGGCUAAGACACAUUAUGUUAAGAUUGUAAAUGUGUUAUUUUAUGCUAUAAAACAGUUAUUUUAUAUAAUUAUGUUUACGGGAUAUAAAAUAAUAUCUAUGUACUGUUAGUUGUUAUUAUAAUUAAAAUAUUCAAAAUGA